AUGUCAGCUGAAAACCUACGAAAUGAACCCGAGUCCAAGUCAAACUACCAGUCGGUGUCUCUUUCGACCGCCGGAAUGAGAGCGCUCAUCUUUCAGCUCCAGUCCAUUUAUCUUCGUGCCCCCCUCAAAUUAUUCCGCCCCUCUCGAUUCGACUACAUGAUCUACGUGCGUGAACAGGCCAACAAGCACACGGAAAUUUUCUCCAAGCCCUACAAAUUCCGCACCCAUUCCAGCUUGGGUAUGCUAAUAAGCGUGAUGAGGCGCGAGGGCUGGCGGUUCAUUCCUGACAAUGUCUUGCCCCCACUACUAGCAAACUCAGCCACAGGCGUUAUUCUAUAUGGCACUUAUCUAGGUGCCCUAGAUAUGUUCAGUAGUCACAGCGGCCCCAAGACAGACUUUGCAUACUCUCCAGUUGACACCUGGCGUGCGGGGUUCCUCGCUGGAGCAAUGCAGUCAUUGGCUGCGGCUCCAAUCGACGCAAUAUACUCCCGACUGACCACUGCAGAAAUGCUUUCUGGUAAGCAUGAGAACCUAUGGAAGUAUGGUGCACACAAACUCAAGGAAAUCGGGUUGGUUGGUGUUUUCGCAGGCUAUGCGUUUUCAAUAGUGAAAGAGAGCUUUGGAUUCGCCUUUUAUUUCCUGACUUUCGAGCUCAUCAAAACACGUGGAUACAACUUGACCUACCGUGUCAUCUCGACGUACAGGAAUUUCAAGGUCACAUUGAGAGAUAAGCUUUCUUUCCUAAGUUCGCUGGAACCAAAAGUGAACUCGGCUCAGAUCAAAAAGGAACAAUCGAGGCUGACAAAGAUUCUCAAAUCGUCUUUCGUUUUACUAGCAGGCGCAUCUGCUGCUUUCUCCCUUCUUGCCGUGCAAUACCCGCUCACCAAGGUGCAAAAAAUCCACUACAAUCGACUUGAAGCACUCGACAUCUACAGCUCGUCAGUGCAUCCGCUGAAGAAACGGCCUUUUGUGAAAGUUUACUGGAACUCGUAUCUCGACACCUUCCAGCAAGUGAUGAAGAACAAGCAGACUUCUAGAAUGUCGUGGUUCCAGCUCGCCUACAAAGGGUUCGCGCGCAACGCUCUCACCACAAUCCCGGCUACGUCCGUCGGCCUAUUGAUCUUCGAGAUCAUGAGAACUAGAUUGGCUGACGACUUUGAAGAAGCUGGCCCAUUAGAAUAA